UCUUAUGAUUCAAAAGCUCUCAUUAUCAAUGGAGAAAGACGUCUUAUUUUUUCAGGUGCAAUCCAUUAUCCAAGAAGCACCGUGGAGAUGUGGCCUGACCUUAUUCAAAAGGCCAAAGAUGGUGGCCUUGAUGCCAUUGAAACUUAUAUAUUUUGGGAUCGUCACGAACCUGUUCAACGUGAAUAUAAUUUCUCAGGAAAUUUGGAUUUUGUCAAAUUUUUCAAGCUUAUCCAAGAAGCUGGACUAUAUGCCAUUAUGAGGAUUGGUCCUUAUGCAUGUGCGGAAUGGAACUACGGAGGGAUCCCAGUGUGGCUUCACAAUAUUCCUGGGAUUGAGUUAAGGACAGAUAAUAUGGUUUACAAGAACGAAAUGCAAAUUUUUACGACAAAGAUCGUGAAUGUGGCAAAAGAAGCAAAUUUAUUUGCAUCACAAGGAGGUCCCAUUCUUCUAGCUCAAAUUGAGAAUGAAUAUGGAGAUAUCAUGUGGAAUUACAAAGAUGCAGGGAAGACAUACGUUAAAUGGUGUGCUCAGAUGGCUCUAGCACAAAACAUUGGGGUUCCAUGGAUCAUGUGUCAGCAACCUGAUGCUCCUCAACCUAUCAUCAAUACUUGCAAUGGAUACUAUUGUCAUAAUUUUAAACCCAAUAACCCAAAAAGUCCUAAAAUGUUCACUGAAAAUUGGAUUGGUUGGUUCCAAAAAUGGGGUGAAAAGGUUCCCCAUAGAAGUGCUGAAGAUUCAGCUUUCUCAGUUGCACGCUUUUUCCAAAAUGGAGGUGUCUUAAACAACUACUACAUGUACCAUGGAGGAACCAACUUUGGCCGCACAGCAGGUGGACCAUAUAUCACAACAUCUUAUGACUAUGAUGCACCAAUUGACGAGUAUGGGAAUUUGAAUCAACCAAAAUGGGGACAUCUUAAGCAACUUCAUGCAGCAAUUAAAUUGGGUGAAAAUGUUCUUACAAAUUAUACAUCAAUAAAUGAUAAGGAUCUGGGAAAUGGAAUCACACUUACAACAUACUCUAAUUCCAAUGGCGCAAGAUUUUGUUUCCUGAGCAAUAAUGACACUAGCAAAGAUGCAAAUGUUGACUUACAAAAUGAUGGUAAAUACUUUAUUCCUGCCUGGUCCGUCACCAUUCUUAAUGGAUGCAACAAAGAAAUUUUCAAUACAGCAAAGGUUAACAGUCAAACCUCAAUAAUGGUGAAAAGGAGUGGUGAUAAUAGUUCUAAUGGACUCACAUGGAAAUGGAAAAUGGAGCCAAAGAAAGACACCUUGAAUGGAAAGGGAAAUAUUAAAGCACACGAGCUUUUGGAGCAGAAGGAACUAACCUUGGAUGCUAGUGACUAUUUAUGGUACAUGACUAGUGUUGACAUCAAUGACACUUCAAUUUGGAGUAAUGCGACUCUCAGUGUGAAUACUAUGGGCCAUACACUUCAUGGUUAUGUUAAUAGGAAGUAUAUAGGAUACCAAUUUAGCCAAUGGGGAAAUAAAUUCACUUAUGAAACGAAAGUUUCUUUGAAGAAUGGAACAAACAUUAUAACUUUGCUUAGUGCCACCGUCGGGCUUGCAAAUUAUGGUGCAUGGUUUGACGAGAUAAAAACGGGCAUUUCAGGUGGCACUGUUCAAUUGAUUGGAAAAAAUAAUGUUACUAUGGAUUUGUCAACUAACCUUUGGUCUUAUAAGGUUGGUUUGAAUGGUGAGAGGAAGAACACUAAUUCACCUAAUAUUCCUAUUGGGAAACCUAUGACUUGGUAUAAGUCAGAGUUUAAAGCUCCAGUUGGAACAAACCCUAUUGUGGUGGACUUCCAAGGCCUAGGUAAAGGACAUGCUUGGGUGAAUGGACAUAGCAUUGGUCGUUAUUGGCCUUCUUGGAUUACAACUACAAAUGGAUGCAGUGACACGUGCGAUUAUCGUGGAAAAUAUGUAAAGGAAAAGUGCAACACCAAUUGUGGAGGUCCAUCACAAAGGUGGUAUCAUGUACCAAGGUCAUUCUUGAAUGAUAACAUGAACACAUUGGUUUUAUUUGAAGAAAUAGGUGGUAAUCCUCAAAGUGUUCAGUUCCAAACGGUGACAAUAGGAACUAUUUGUGCUAAUGUAUAUGAAGGCUCACAACUAGAACUAUCAUGCCAAAAUGGACAAGUAAUUUCACAAAUCCAGUUUGCUAGCUUUGGAAAUCCACAAGGUCAAUGUGGUUCUUUUAAGAAAGGCUCUUGGGAAGCUACAGAUAGUCAAUCUGUUGUGGAAGCUGCAUGCAUAGGAAAAACUAAUUGUGGAUUUAUAGUCACAAAAGAAAUGUUUAGUGUUCCAUUUGGCGUAACAAAUAGUACAGCUAGAUUAGCCGUGCAGAGGUUUCUUAUGAUUCAAAAGCUCUCAUUAUCAAUGGAGAAAGACGUCUUUUUUUUCAGGAAAUUUGGAUUUUGUCAAAUUUUUCAAGCUUAUCAAGAAGCUGGACUAUAUGCCAUUAUGAGGAUUGGUCCUUAUGCAUGUGCGGAAUGGAACUACGGAGGGAUCCCAGUGUGGCUUCACAAUAUUCCUGGGAUUGAGUUAAGGACAGAUAAUAUGGUUUACAAGAACGAAAUGCAAAUUUUUACGACAAAGAUCGUGAAUGUGGCAAAAGAAGCAAAUUUAUUUGCAUCACAAGGAGGUCCCAUUCUUCUAGCUCAAAUUGAGAAUGAAUAUGGAGAUAUCAUGUGGAAUAUACAAAGAUGCAGGGAAGACAUACGUUAA